AUGGGUUUCGCCAACGUCCCCGCGCACUCAACCGAACAGUUUCCCCUCCACCCCGCCUGUCUCCCUCCACCCCGCCAGUCUCUCCCGCUUCACCGACCAUCCUUGCUCUUUUUCCCCCUUUCCCCCUUUUCCCCCUUUUCCACACUCACCUCUCCUCCCUGGCUCCCUGCACAGCUCUCCCAUUCCGCCAAUCUCUUGUUUCCCCCUGUUGCCUGCACAGUUUUUCGCGCCUUCCCUCGCCUCGAACUUUUCACCGAUCACUUCCUCCGAACCUGUUCACGCGCUCUCCCCCGUGUUCCCCACCGCGACUCCUUCCCUCCCUCCGCUUUCCUCCCCCGCUACCCUCCCCGUGCUUUUCACAGCUGUCCAAUCCUUUCGCGUCGCCAUGCUCUCGCGUCGUCUCCCACGCGCCUCGAUCCCUCUAAAAACCCGACCUUGGAGCCGCACCCAGCCACGGCUCGCUCUCCGCACUCGUCGCCGCACCCUCCGGCGUUUUCAAUCAAAGCGACCGUCGCGUCGCUCGUGGGAAGCGUCAACCUGCUCAGCCUGAGCGACAGCUACGCUGCCGGCGACGCGUCGACAAUAUCCGCCGUGUUUCGCGACAAGAAGAAAAAAAUCCUGCAGGAGAAGCAGCAGCAGAAAGGGCUGUUGCUCCUCUCUCCCACACGCGAAGACCCGUCCCCUCCCUCAGGUGCUCCUCCAGGUGCUUAUUCAGGUGCCAUUCCUAGUAAAACCGAGCCUUCACCUGCGAGGGCUGUACCGGCUGCGGAGUCCCUUUCUCUGCUCAGCCUGAGCGACAGUUACGCCGCAGGCGAUGCGUCGACGAUAUCCGCCGUGUUUCGCGACAAGAAGAAGAAGAUCCUGCAGGAGAAGCAGCAAAAGGGUUUCGCUCUCUCCCCCACUCGAGAGCCGGCUGCCGUUGAUGCUGCUCAAUCUUCUCAUGCUGAGACGGUUCAACGCUCGCCGGCCGCAGCAGCAGGGCCGGCGGGGGAGAACGUGUCGCUAGUGUUCUGGUCGCGGCAGCAGGAAGGGCAAUCUGGGGAAGCCGCCAAGACGGCGAAGUUUGGAGAGAGAAUCCGGAAGAGUGCAGGCGACGGUGAGGGGAAUGCUUUGGGAAGUACUGCGGAAGGAGCUGGGAUAGUGAGGGGAGCAGGAGGAGGAGGAGAAGGCGAGCUUGAGGCGUCGUUUAGAGCGUCGCACCCGCCUCAAUCCGCGGCGCAUGGGACGGCGCAGGAAGGAGCGCAGGCGACGGGGGUAGAGGCGGCGCAGGCGGCGCAGGGGGCGGAGGCGGCGGAGGGGGAGGGGGAAGGGGCGGAGGGGGCACAGGCGGAGGAAAUCGACGAGGACGUGUUGCACGCGUGCGUGGAUCCCGCGUACGCGGACCCGCGGCGCCAGUUCAUGUCCAACCCCACGUGCUCGCUGGACGAGGCGUUUGACGCCAUCCUGCAGAACAUGGAUAGCGGCCCGCUGGGCUCUGACGCGAGGGCCACGGCCCAGGCUAGCCUGCAGUCACCGUUCGAGGAGCUAUUGGAAGGGACUGGGCCCCGUCAGGAGUGCGGAGGUGGGCAUGGUGGGCUCGCCUCGCAACGCUGCGUCAGUGCUUCCUUCGUCCCGAAGCGUGCAGGGCGAGGCGGAACGCUGGCAGCCGCGUGA